AUGGGACGGAAAAAGGAAAAGAACACUGAAGACCCAGAGGAGCCCGCGGACAUCUCUGAGAGUACAGAGUCUGAGAUCAGCCACCUGUCUCCCUCUAAUAAGGAGACCAUCAUGAUCACCGUCCACGGGGCCACCAAUCUACCCACCUGCAAGGAUGGCUCUGAACCAUGGCCCUAUGUGGUGGCGAACAGCACAUCUGAGGAUGCGAACAACCAGAGCUCCAAGGCAGUCACAUCUGUGACCUCAGAGCCCACCAGAUCCCCUGUCUGGGGGGACACAGUGAAAGUGGAGAUCCAAGCGGCAAAUGUUGGGCAAGAAGAUGUGGUCCUCAAGGUGGUGGACAACAAAAAUAAAGAGGCAUUAUUGUCCUAUGAAAUCCCUAUCAAGUACCUGCGUGUUUUCCACCCCUACCACUUUGAGCUGGUAAAGCCUACCUGGUCUGGGAAAGAUAACAAAAAGACUAGCAAGACGCAACUGUACACUACGGUCAUUCGGAAGUGUAGCUUCAUCCCCCGCUAUGUCGGCUGCAGCCACACAGCUCUGGAGGUCUUUCUACAUGGAGUCAAUGAGCCCCUAGCCAACAACCCCAACCCCAUGGUGGUGAUUGCCCGGGUAGUUCCCAACUACAAGGAAUUCAAGGCCAGCCAGCUAAACAGGGACCUCACCUCCGUGGGGCUGCCUAUCACCCCAGUCCCUUUCCCUAUCCCAUCCAUGAUGAACUUUGAUGUGCCUCGGGUCAGCCAGAACGGGUGCCCUCAGCUGUCCAAGCCUGGGGGACCCCCGGAGCAGCCCCAGUGGAAUCAAUCCUUCCUCUUCCAAGGUAGAGAUGGAGCCACCAACUUCUCAGAAGACACAGCCCUGGUACUGGAGUACUACUCCUCCACUUCAAUGAAAGGCAGCCAGCCCUGGACCCUCGCCCAGCCCCUGGGCACCUCAGUGCUGCCACUAAAGAGUCGUUUGUACAGGAAGAUGCUGACAGGGAAAGGCCUGGAUGGGCUACGCGUGGCACGGCUCCCCAUUAUGGAAACCACUCUGAAAACCAUAAAUGGCGAGACCCCCACAGUGGAUCUCUCCUUCCAGCUGAUUUCCUCUGAGAGGCCAGAAAAGUUCUUGACGCAAAACAACACCAAGGCUUUGCCCACCCUGGACUCAAAGAUCCUAGAUGAGAAGCUAGGAACCAUCCGAGAGUCCUGGUCCAAGGCCACAGCAAGCUCUGUAAUGGACUCCAGCACAACCUCCUCCUCGGUGGCAGAGGAGGAGUCUCCAGUGUCAGAGAUGACCCGAGAUACAGAGUUGAACAACUACCGGCGGGCCAUGAAGAAGAUGGCGGAGGACAUCCUGUCGCUGCAGAAACAUGCCAGCAUGCUGGAGGGGGAGAACCGCAUGCUGAGGAGCCAACUGACUGGGCUAGAGGUGGAAGAGGAGGAGGGCACAGCCCAGGAGGCCCAGAGUCUGGUGUCCAUGAAGCAGAAACUGCUGCUGAGCGAGAUGGACAUGAAGAAACUGAGGGACAAGGUGCAGCAUCUGCAGAACGAACUGAUUCGAAAGAAUGAUCGAGAGAAGGAGCUGCUCCUUCUGUACCAGGCUCAGCAGCCACAGGCUGCGCUGCUCAAACGGUACCAGGACAAGCUGCAGAAGAUGAAGGCACUGGAGGACACUGUGCGGCACCAGGAGAAGGUGAUCGAGAAGAUGGAGCGGGUGCUGGAGGACAGGCUGCGGGAGAGGACGGAGCCCCUACCUCCCAACAGGCUGCAAGGCAAGCCCAACCUGGCCCUACCUAUGCGCUCAGCCUCUGGCCUUCCCCUGGGUUCUACAGGAGAGAACCUGCCAGGCGACCUUUACUCGGUGCUGCUGGCAGAAAACUCAAGGCUGCGGGCAGAGCUGGAUAAGAACCGCCACCAGUCAGCCCCCAUCAUUCUGCAGCAGCAGUCACUGCCGGAUAUCCUCAGCAGUUCCUCAGACAAGUUUAACCUCCUGGCCAAACUGGAACGAGCUCAAAGCCGGAUCCUGUCCCUGGAGAGCCAGUUAGAGGACUCAGCUCGACGCUGGGCACGCGAGAAGCAGGACUUGGCCAUACGGCUGCAGGAGCAAGAAAAUGGCUUCAGACACCCCUCAAACUCCAUCAUCACAGAACAGCCAAAUGCCCCCGCCCAAUCCAAGGACCUCAAGCGGCCCUCAAAGCUGGAGCCCUUGCUGUCCAGCUCAGAGACUAAGCUCAACGAGCCCGUGAGCUCCCAGGUGACUUCUAAGUCUCAGCAGGCCUGAGCACUGGGGCAGGCCACCUUCUCCAUGUGCUGGACAAUCUCAUCUUCACCCACUAAAAAUGACGUUAUAAAAUGCUGUAGCUC